CGUCACCUUGUCCAAUACGGAAGCGGUCGUCAUCGUAAAAAACGCCGAACAUGUCGUGGAUAAAGGAGGGCGAAUUAAACCUGCUCGAGAAAAUUUCAGCCAAUAUCCUCAAGGCGGGCCCCAUGCCCAAACACGUGGCCUUCAUCAUGGACGGCAACCGUCGCUUUGCACGCAGGAAGAACAUGGAGCGCCAGGAAGGGCACAUGCAGGGCUUCAACAAGUUGGCAGAGUCCUCACUUGUCUUCCAGACACUUCGCUGGUGUAAGCAUCUGAAUAUACAGGAAGUGACCGUGUACGCCUUCAGUAUCGAGAACUUCAAGCGCACUAAGGACGAAGUAGACGGCCUGAUGGAACUCGCCAAACAGAAAUUUGAAAGACUUUUGGAUGAACGGGAGAAUCUGGAGAAGCAUGGAGUUUGCAUCCGGGUGCUUGGCGACUUGAAUCUGCUGCCGUUGGACCUCCAGCAACUCAUCGCCAAAGCCGUGCUCGCUACACGAGCUCACAACAAGUGCUUCUUGAAUGUGUGUUUCGCCUACACGUCACGAUAUGAAAUCACCAACGCGGUGAGAGAGAUGGCUUGGGGGGUGGAGCAAGGACUGAUUCAAGCAAGCGACGUGUCCGAGGCUCUGCUGAGCGAAUGUCUGUACAGCAACAAUUCUCCCAAUCCCGACCUGCUCAUCAGAACCUCGGGCGAAGUGCGCCUUAGUGACUUCCUACUCUGGCAGACAUCCCACACAUGUUUAGUGUUCCAGUCGGUGCUGUGGCCCGAGUAUUCCUUCUGGAAUUUAUGUGAAGCAAUUCUCCAGUAUCAAGUCAACCACAAAUCAAUUCAGAACGCACGAGACAUCCACCGAGCGCACGAGGCGUUGCAGCAGCUGGAGGCGGACCGCGCCUCAGCCUGCUCCGCCGAGUACCUGCAGCGCCACGGCAACGGCAAACCCGCCGACGCCAUCCGCAGGCAGGAGGCGUUGUCACACUACGCCACUCAACGCCAAGAGCGAGUUCGUCACUUCCUGGAGGCGCUCGCGCACAAGCGGGACUCUUUCUUUACUGACUUGUGUAGCGGUGUGGCAGCGUAAGAGCGCCUCGUUGUGCACCUCCACCUCUUCUUACAAGGGCUUCUUCUGCUCGGUGUCCAGAAGGGGGCGACAUCAACCCCUAUGGGGCUAUAGAGUUACUGGCAUAUUUAUAAAUGUAGAUUCAAAUGGAACGCGUCUGGUCAAAAUGUAGUUGAAGAUGUUAAUCGUCGUGGAAUGCAUGCUGUGGUUUGUGGAGUGAGCGCUGUGCCAUUGUUAUUGAUGGUUGAUCAAUGGUAUCAGUGAUGUGAUGUUGGUGACAUAACUAAAUUUUGACCAGUUUGAUCAAGAAAGAUUAAAAUAUUGAUUCUCAAGCUAUAGGCUUUGGUUCUUAUCGUUUCAGGCAGGAUUUGGUUUUAAUGUGAUGAAUUCCUCAGUUGAUAUUUGGAUAUUUACUGCUUUUAUUUCAUUUAUUCGAUCUAAUUUUUUAAAAUGUAUUUUCCAGCUGCAAAUUCACUAGCUACAAGACGUUGCAUUACAGUGACACUAGCACGACCCCUUGAGGAGUUGGUCGGCACGUCCAACGAGAUCCUCGAAGAUCCUCCCCCACCAAUGUUUUGCUUUCGACACAAAAAGGGAGGGCACCCGUAGCCAUGUGACACAUCGACAUCCAAUGACAGCCGGUGCUAUGUCCAACUGGUUCAAACUGGUUUGGCUCUUAUAUUUCAUGGUAUAAACUAGAAAAACAUUGCUUUGCCAUAUACAUACGCCAUUUCAAGCAGCUUCCCUGUCUGCACAGAACAUAAACCCCCUUGUGAGAAGGAAAAAAACAGUUUCUCACAUUUUUUUUUGCAAUUUUUGUCUGCGACGACAUGGCAAAAGCAAAGCAGUCAAGUGGGACCAUCGAGAGACGGUGUUCCCCACGCCUGUUAUUGCAGAAACCCAAACCCGCUCCAGUGGAAGUCAAGAAGAAAGCUACCACCAAGAAGGGAUCCAAAGCAAAAAAGACCAAGGCAGAGAACGGCAACGCCAAGGCUGAGGAACCCAAGGCCGACGCCGCGGAAUCCAAAUGAGUUGACGUCGACGUAUUCGCUAUACCUACUUCUCACCCUUGUCCCCCUCCCCCCUUCCCUGUGUACUUGGUGAUUGUACAGUUUGAAAUAAGUAUUUUUUACCAAGUUUUAUAUUACAAAUGUCCGUUAUUAGGUUUGCCAUGCACUUGAUGUAACACAUGGUGUUCACACGAAGCUUACUCAUAUCUAUUUUGGAAUUUCUUACACCCUCCACCCAUUGUUCGUACCUCAUAGCUAUCCGUCGCGCUUUGUCUACUUUCAGUCUUUUGUUUUUAUUUUUUUAACUGCUGAAUAUUAGAUUGCAUUUUCUCAAACAUGAGGCAGCUAUUAAAAGAAAAAAACAGUCACAACUUAACAAGAGUUUUUGAAACACUGUAUACAGUAUUGUUAAAAAGAUUUGUCGGCCUCCUCAGGAGAUGUGUAUCAUUUGAAUUGAAAACACCCAAUGAAGAAACUUCCUCAUUCGCCAGUGCUUCUCAAUUAUUUUCUGUUAUGCCCCACUAGGAAGAAGAAAAUACCCCCCCAACUCCCCUCAGUUACUAUAAAUAUGAAUCUUCUGUCUAUUGAAAUAAGUACACCUCUGCAUAUUGUAUCUUAAUUAACAUAUUUCCUGGGGUCACACAUGCCCCCACCAUCGCAACGCGCCUCCCACGGGAGCCCGCCCCACUAUUUGAGAAGCACUGCCAUAAGCUAUGUUGAUGACUCCGAUGGUUAAUCUAAAUGUUGCUGAAAUAAAACAUUUUUAAAAAGCUCUUAA